GCUAAGAAAAACACGUUUGGACUAAAUGCGGAAGUGAUGUUGUGAUGUAAAUAUAGAUUCUUGGAGGUGUUCCCCAAUCCAUUAGCAGUUUCAAGAGUCGCCGAUCUUGUGGCGACUGAAAAUGCACGGAAGACUUAAAGUGAAGACGACUGCUGAGCAGCAAGAAGCCAAGAGGAAAGAAAGGGAAAAGAAGCUGAAGAUUUACAAUGCAGCUGUCCAAAAAAUAUCUGCAAAGCGCCAGCAGCAGGAAUAUGAUGACGAGGCUCUACACAUCACUGCUGAAAUUCUGACUGCCAAUUCUGAUUUCUACUCUCUCUGGAACUACAGGAAAGAAAUCUUCAAACAUUUCAAGGCAGAGAAGUCAGAGGAAGAGGUACAGACACUGUUCCAGCAGGAGCUGUACUUCCUCGAGGCAUGUCUGAAGGGUAACCCCAAGUCGUACGGCACAUGGCAUCACCGCUGCUUCGUCCUUGACAACAUGCCGAAGCCGGACUGGGACCGGGAACUACAGUUGUGCAACCAGUUCCUUGAGUACGAUGAGAGAAACUUUCACUGCUGGGACUACCGGAGAUUUGUUGUGUCGAGGUCUAAUGUAUCACUGGAGUCGGAGUUUGAGUUCACCACAACCAAAAUCAGCAGCAAUUUCUCUAACUACUCCUCCUGGCAUUACCGCAGCAAGUUACUUCCCGCCAUCUUCCCUGACCCCAACCAGCCACGCCUGGUCCAGGAACACCAGAUGCUGCAAGAACAUGAAACAGUCCAGAAUGCAUUCUUCACCGACCCUGAUGACCAGAGUGCAUGGUUUUACCACAGGUGGCUGCUGGGAAGAGGAGAGACGGUGCAGCAGAUAUGUCAGAUGUAUGUGGCCAGGGAUGCAGGACGGGUUGUCGUAUCACUUGCCAAACAUAUACAGAUUGGCGGUAAAGAUAACCUCAUUUUGGAGGUGAAUGGGUCUCCAGUCGAGUGCACCUGGACUAACCAGCAGAGGAAAACUACAUUCUCUACUCUCUGGAUAGCUUCUGAACUUUCCAUACCUGAUGGAGAGGUCAAGGUGAAGGUCAGUGUGGAAGAAUCUGAUUUGUCAGCAGAAAUUGUUCUUGAGGAAGGUCAGAUGAGUCAAGGACAGAACUUCCAGUGUGUAGAAAGUAGUUUUAGCUCGGAGCUGAGUUCAGCUACAAGCGACGUGUUGAAGAGAGAGCUUGAUGCUGUGAGGGAGCUGUACAGUCUGGAACCAGAGAAUAAAUGGGUGCUCCUCACCAUCGUUCUUCUGAUGAAGUCUCUGUGCCCCAUCCUGUACAAGGACGAGAUCCUGGAGCAUCUACAGCAACUACAGCACCUCGACAACAAGCGACAGAACUACUACCUCGACCUCAGGAGUAAGAUGCUGAUCGAGAUUGCCAUAGAGACUAUUAAAGGCAAGCUUGAUGAUGUUUUGGACUUGUCCAACCAAGGCCUAACGACACUGGUACAUCUAGAGUUACUUCCCCUUGUUCGGGAGGUGAAGCUUUCUGACAACACCCUCGACAGUUUUCACAACUUCCAGUACUUCCAGUGCCUGGAGAAGUUGAACAUCAGCGGUAACCGGGUAACAUCAUGUGACGGGCUCAACUUCCUGCCAGAGUUGACUGAACUUGACCUUCAGAAUAACUGUAUUGCCUCCAAGGAGGGUCUGGAGGCACUGCUGACAUGCCCCAAGCUGCAGGUUAUACACAUCUCAGGGAACCCAGUCUCUCAUGACGACGGCGCCAUGGAUGGCAUCAGGGCCAUGUUUCCCUCGGCAACACUCCACUCAUGAAACAGUGCCACAGAGAAACAUGGACAUUUACAUUUCACCAGCUUGGCUGAUAUUUAUCCGGCUUCAACAGAUUCGUUUGUGCUUGGAUGUUGUGAGAAGAUGUGAUGAAAGAUAAGACAGUACGGUACCAGAGUGUGUUGUGCUCGCGGACGCUGAUUGGAAUUACAUAGGAUAAAAUGAUACUUUAUAGCUCCGAAGGGAAUUGUUGUUACAUCAGAGAAUCCCAGAUUACCAAUAUUUCACAAGGAUAUUAAAAUGGAAACAGAAUACACACAUCUGUGCAGACACAGAAGUAACAACAAACUGAUCAAAUAUAAGAGAGUAUUGUAGGAGUUAACACUUGUGUUAGGCUGACUGGAAUAUAACUGCUGUCUUUUAAGCAAGAUGGUAUUAAGACUUACCCACUCUAUUUUGUCCAUUAUAUUACAUCUUCACUUCUUAACACUGUGAUGCCUUUCUGUCCCUUAUCCUUACCAACUCAUGUGGGGGUGGGGGUGGGGGGGUCAUGAAAAAAUGACACAGUGAAAGUUGAAAAUAUGCGACCUUAGACAUGUUAGAUACAGGGCCAGGGUCAUGAAAAAAAUGACGCGAAAGUUGAAAAUAUGCGACCUAAGAUUAAGGGGUGGGGUCAUGAAAAAAUGACGCAAAAGUUGAAAAUAUGGGACCUAAGAUUAAGGGGCGGGGUCAUGAAAAAAUGACGCAGCGAAAGUUGAAAAUAUAUUAUCAAGAUUAAGGGGCAGGGUCAUGAAAAAAUGAUGCAAAAGUUGAAAAUAUGUUACCUAGAUUAAAGGGGAGGGUCAUGAAAAAAUGGCGCAGUGAAAGUUGAACAUAUGUUACUUAAGAUUAAGGGGCGGGGUCAUGAAAAAAUGACGCAGUGAAAGUUGAAAAUAUGUUACCUUAGAUUAAGGGGCGGGGGUCAUGAAAAAAUGUCGCAGUGAAAGUUGAAAAUGUUUAACCAAAGAUUAAGGGGUGGGGUCAUGAAAAAUGUAUUCAGUAGAAGUAACAUGAAUACCACACUCAGACACUCUGAGGCGACCGGUCUUUGUUUUGGCCCCUUAAUGUCAAGCGCCAGGCAGGUUAACAGCACUUACCAUCUUACAGUCUUUUUGAAUGACACAGCUGGGGAUGGAACCCCGAACAUUCGGCUUUCUGGGCACACAUUCUACCACUAGACCAUGGUGGUGGUUGAUCACGGUUAAUAAACACCUCUGUGUAAUGAAUGAUUGAGAAUUUCACGUUAAUUUCAAUCACAUGUUCCAAACAUCGUUUUCAAUAUUUAUUACCAUCAUGUUUAGGAAAUGUGUGAGGUCACCUUUGGGGAUUUCAGGUGGGGAUGUAGGUCCCUAGCAACCUAUGUAUGUUGUAAAGGAUCAGGUGGUCAGGCUCAGUGACUUGGUUGAUGUCAUUAUGUCCCAAUUGUGAGGAUCGAAGCUCUUGAUGUCAGACACUGGAUUGUCUGGUCCAGACUUUACUUACAGACCACCGUCUGAUGACUGCUCAGGGUAGCAUUAAACAACAAACAAAUAAAAAACAUGAGUGUAGAGCAUAUAAAGUGGAUGAUAGAUAUGGAUGUUCGCAAACAGAAAAAUCGAGAAAAAUAAAUAUAGCAGAGAAUUAUGUUGUUGCUGUUUGUUGCAAGAGAGAGUGUCAUUUCCAUUCAACUGGGCAUUAUUAUCAUGAUUAUCUGUGACUGCAUGUCAGUUUAGAAAGCUAUGUAUCAUUAGGCUUUAUAUACUACUCAAAAGAAGUUAAAGAACAUUUCAUAUUACUAUAGUUCACCUAUCAUGGCAUGACAAAUUAACUAUAGUAAUAUGAAAGAAACAGGUUUUCCUUAACUUCUUUUGAGUAGUAUAUAUCUUUUUAGUUGGUUUACAAGCUGACAACCCCCCCCAAAAAACUUAGAUUAGAAAAAAAGAAGAUUUGGGGCAAUUUUCUUGAUGUUGAUUGUUUCUUUUCACCUACCCCGUAAUUGUAAAAAAUAAUCCACAAAAUUUUAUCACCGCUAUUUAUUAGGAAUGGGGAAUGAUGUGAAUAAAAAUCUCUAUUCUGAAAGCAAAUUGGUUACCUUUCUGUAUCGUUUCGUAAUCGUACUUCUGUGCGGUGUGACCGACAAGUUUAUUUUUAAUUCAUUAGGAGCAAUCUCAUUAAAAUCAGAUCUUUGGUCUCACUACUGCUAAACAAGGAUCUGAGGACAUCCCAUUACGGUCACGUCAGACCUUUUGCGAAAUUAAACCUAACAAUGAAAUGACUGACAAGAAGUCCAGAUUAGGCAUCUUCUUGUGCUUUACGGAGCUAGCUUCGAAACAUUAUUGACAAAUUCUUGAUUAAAAAUUUGAAAAGAACAUUCUGGAAUGGCUAAUAGAUGGCCUUGAACAUUUCGUGUUUGCACGAUUAGAAAACACAUUCUGUCUGUCUUUUACCUGAUCUGGUAAGCGAUGCACUGAUUGGUCGGAUGAAAGGUCGUUCUGACAUGACCUGAAAUGGGAUGUCCUCAGAUCUUUGUUUGGCUGUAGCGAGAACUAAGAUCUGAUUUUAAUGAGAUUGGGUGUCCGUACAUUCCACUGUUUCAAGUAGGGAAAGUGUUUUGUGUGAAGCAUAUGUGCUGAAAGUCUGAAUGUGAAAUAAAAUAUAUCACAAAGAAAAA